UAUAUAUAUAUAAAAAUGCAGAGCUCAGAGAGUGCAGAGGAAUAAUAAAGCCCGCCAUAUACACACACCAUAUGUACAUAAUACACGUAGCCCUAACCAAUUGCCUCGCCUCAUAAAAACAAGGCACCACACACAAGACAAACCCAACAAGUCAUAGGAUAGGAACCUUCCUUCCCCUUCCACCAUAAUCUUCCCUUACAAUAACAAUAAAACCCACCUCUCCAACUCCAAUUCGACACCCAAAACAGAAAACAAACACCGCCCACGACAAUUUCAUUUCAUUUCCUUCAACAAAAACCCUUCUCCUGACUCGAUCAUAAUUUCAUAUGGACAUCACCAACAAAUACAAUCACCAAAACCACGAACCCACCAACUAUGCUGUCAACGGUAAGAUUAUGCUCUGCUCAGUCAUCAUUCUCUUCAUCGUCAUCUUCACCAUCGCUUGCUUCCACAGCUACGUCCGCUGCUUCUUCCACCGCCACCACCCACGCCGUACUCGCCGCACACCACGCUAUCUCUUCCCCCACCCUGUUAUUUCUUUCACCACCCUCCUCGAAACUACCCUCUCUCCGACCAAUCCCAAGGCCUUGGAUCCCGCUGUUCUCAAGACCCUCCCUACUUUUACUUACUCGGCCACCACCCGCAUCAACGCAGCACCACUAGAGUGCGCCGUGUGUUUAUCUGAGUUCGAAGACGAAGAGCAAGGCCGUGUAUUGCCCACGUGUUACCACACCUUCCAUUUAGAGUGCAUAGACACUUGGUUCCGGUCUCAGUCCAAUUGUCCACUCUGCAGGGCUCCGGUUCAACCCGAUAUUCCGCUUCCUAGGCUGGAAAAUUCGCCUGAAACGGCAAUAACAGUGAAUGAACCGGGCGGUUCGGAGCAUGACACGGCUGAAGCUAAAGUGGGUUGCUCGAGAUGUUCGCCGUCGACGAGUGGUUCGGCGGAGGAAUAUGGGAGAAAGCCAAUAAUGGAGGUGGUAGAAAAACCAAAAAAUGCUACUAACCAAACUGUCAUUAGGAGCUUAGAUAUGCAAAGAGAAAGGCCACGAAAGUCAAGGCACAAACGGCGGCAGCAAAGCAGGCGUGGUGAAUAUGAACCUCAUUCAACAAGCAUGCCAGCAUGCUCCUCACAAGGACCUCUGCAUCGACAUCCUGAAGAACGACCCCAACAGCAAAGGAGCUGACCUCACCGGCCUCGCCUACAUCGCCAUCAGGCUCGCCGGCGCAUACGCCUCUGAAGUGGACGCGCACUUGAGAUCACUGCUCAUAAACAACGCCACCA